AUGGGCGCAACUAGCUCAAAGGGUCCUAAGAUCACCCCGCACGACCGCGCCGUGUUGGACUUGAAGCUUCAGCGAGACCGCAUCAAGCAAUACCAGAAGAAGAUCCAAGUCGUUCUCGAUCGUGAACAUGAGAUUGCUCGACAGUGUCUCUUGAGAGGCGACAAGACCAAAGCUUUGACGGCGUUGAGAAAGAGAAAGUACCAGGAAAGCUUGAUACAGAAGACCGACUCGCAGCUCGAAACGUUAGAGGGGCUCGUAUCUUCAAUCGAGUUCUCUCAAAUCCAACAAAGUGUCAUGCUCGGUCUGCAACAAGGUAACGCGGUGCUCAAGGAGAUCCACAAGGAGAUGAACCCCGAAUCCGUCGAGAGGCUGCUCGAAGAAACAGCCGAAGCACAAGCAUACCAGCGCGAGAUCGACGACAUGUUGGCAACACAGAUGACCGCCGAGGAAGAAGACGCCGUCCAAUCCGAGCUCGAGACCCUCGAGCGCGAAGCAGGCAUCCGAAUCGAUGAUCCGCAACAAACAGUCGUGCUACCAACAGCACCUCAGAACGAGCCCGUAACGAAGCAGCAAGAGGUCCAGCCAGAAGCACAAUCGCAAACAGCGCAACCAGCCGAAGCCGAGAGGCAGGCCAUAUUGGCUUAA